AUGGUGAAUGAGCAUGAUGAUCGAGAUGAAUAUUUCUGGGCACCAGGGACAGUGGCCCUCGAAGAUGUUCACCGCACCAGCGACCAGCUUGUCCUUGUUCCUGCGCCCUCGGCCGACCCCAAUGAUCCCCUAAAUUGGUCGAACGCUCGCAAGAUCCUAAACUACACUCUCGUCAGCUUCUUCGUCCUCUGGACCUUUGUUCAACUGGACAUAGGUUUUACAGCAUGGGGACCAAUGGAAGAGGAGCUUGGUUUCUCCGUCGAUAUUCUGAAUGCUGGAGCGGCAGUCAAUUACGGUGGUCUUGCUAUUGGAUGCUUCUUCUUCAUCCCACUUGUCCAUAAGUAUGGCCGCCGACCGAUGUAUUUGUUCAGCACUGCAUUGCAACUUGCUUCUUGUAUAUGGCAAGCGCAGACCUUCAGCGUUGGCAGUUUUAUCGGUGCCAAUCUGAUUUCUGGCCUGGGAGGUGCGAUAUCCGAGGUCAUCGCGCAAAUCACUGUCGCAGACAUGUUUUUCGUGCACCAGCAUGCCACGAUGAACGAGUGGUUUGUCAUAUUCCAGUCUGCGGGUGCCUUCCUCGGGCCUGUUGCGUCUGGUUAUAUCGUGGACUCGCAAGGAUGGCGAUGGAUUUGGUGGUGGUGUGUCAUCUUUUUUGCAAUUACACUAAUUUGUGUGAUAUUCCUCUUUGAGGAGUCAAAGUUCGUGCCUGUGCUGAACGGUCAGAGCCUUGUUUCUACAACCCCAGCUCAAGCGAUCGAUAUAUCUGAAGACUCCAAAGCCAAGUCUACCAUUGAUCAUGAAACAACGACGGAGCAAACACCCGCUAGUCGUGUCGGAACUAACUUGGAGAUCAAACCGAAAACUUACUUUGAGAGAAUGGCUCUCGUCACCCCGACUAACGAAUCACUGCUUCCUCAUUUCUGGCAGCCGAUCGAGACAUUGUUCACGUUCCCGGCUGUAACAUAUGCUGCCAUUACUUACGGCUCCACUUUGGCCUGGUUUGCGAUGAUGACUUCGCUCCAGGCUACCUAUAUGCUCAUGCCGCCUUACAAUUUCAACGCGAUCGGAAUCGGUCUCAUGAAUCUAGCACCAUUCGUUGGUGCCGUCCUGGGUUUUCCCGUUGGUGGAUAUCUGAGUGAUAAGUCUAUUCUGUGGCUUUCAAAGAAGAAUGGUGGUAUCUAUGAGCCAGAACAGCGCCUCUGGCUGGCCCUUCCCAGUGUUGUAUUUGGUCCUGCAUCUAUCUUGUUGUUUGGGCUUGGGCUUGCCUAUGGAGUGCAUUGGUCGUGCCUCGCCAUCGGCUUCGGUGUCUUUGGAUUUACAAUAUCUUCUGUCAGUGGUGUCUCACUUUCCUACCUCAUGGAUUCCUAUCAGGAUAUUAUUGGUGAUGCCCUCGUCGGCGUUAUUUUCAUGCGUAAUAUCAUCUCCGUGAUCAUCCUCUUCGUGAUCACGCCAUGGGUCAAUGGUAUGGGCAUGCGGAAUCUCCACAUUCUUGCUGCAGUUGUGGCUUUUUUCCUCUAUCUCAUUCCGGUCCCUCUUCUUAUCUGGGGAAAGAAGGCACGAAUCGCAACUGCCGCGCGGUAUCGGAAGAUGUCAGCAAACCAAAUCGGUCGCCGAACAGUUUGA